AUGCCGUCGGGACACAAUGAUCCGAAGUUGCUCUACGCCAUCGAGGGCGUGUCCGCCUACCAUAUUUCCAAUGGCAAGGAGGAGCCGCUAACGCGUGGCGGGCCUCAGACUCUCUCGCUCCUGAUGGUGCCGACGAGCUCUGCGUUCGCCGACCCGGCUCAUGUCGACUCGUUGGGUGGCAAUCCUGAAGAGGACUUCUACCUCCAUUUGCACCUACCUCCUGAGUUGGACCUGCCACUCCCCGCCACAACCCAGAUCUAUCACCAGCCGCCGAGAAGCUAUCUCAUUCCGCGAUGGGAUCUAGGCCCCGACUCUGGCGCCUUCACCCGAAUCGAGUUCCCAUCUGUCGGCAGCCGCAAGGGAUUGCAGGAGGACGUGGAUACCUUUGAGACAAUCCUGGCACAAUGCACCGCGUUCCUCGAGAGGUACCCAGCUCCUAGGACCGGGACCAAAGAAAAGCAAGGCUCAGGGUACGAGAAGGGGGCCAAGGGAACCAAGGCUGGUUCUUCUGAAAAGGACAAGGCAGCUGCAGCAGAUGCGCUCCCAGCCUAUAACCCCGCCGACUUCAAGCCGGGAGAGGCUUACGUGCGGGGGAGUCAUAGCUCUCACCCAGGUGGGCAGAUCGUCCUCAUCGACGAGGAAGACGGAAGCGUGAUCGGCGAGCUCGCCGAUGGUUUCAAUGUUGUGGAGGAUAGUGCUCUGAAGCCCGGGUCCAAAGAUCCGGUUGAGAUUACCCUCUCCACCGAGGGGGGGAAAGAUAUCGCCGUCACCCCAGCGUCGGCCGAGUAUGUGGACAUGGAUAUGCACCCAGCAUACAUGAAAUCAUCCCUGGUUUCCAAUGCCGCUGCAGCAUCUCGGCUCGUCGUUACCACUUCUUCCAUGGUUUCAUCGAUGCUCCAAAGCCAAGCAGAAAACUUCACGCGGAGGACACAGCCGGAUGCCAAGCCGAUGGAAUUCAAGCCUGCCACGCGUGAGCACAUUCGCCGAAUAUACACUUUCACCGGGAACGCGGCCGGGCUUUCCGCAAAGACGGUCAGCCAAAUCGGAAAGGUGGCCCAGAACCUCGGGGCAACGUUCGCGGGACACGGUAGCAAGAGGGGUGGCAAGGGCUAUGGCCCGGACGGGCAGCCUCUGGAGAACUACAAGCCGGGAAUCUUAAACAAGAGCUUCAUGGCGUUCUCGACCGUGGCGGAUGGCAUCGAGCAAGCGGGCAAGCAUCUCCUGACUUCCACAUCGUCGGCUGCCACGACGGUGGUGGCCCAUAAAUGGGGCCCCGAAGCAGGCGAGAUUUCCAGGGGCCUUGGGGAAGGCUUCAAGCACGUCGGUCUAGUGUAUAUCGAUGUUGCCGGGGUGUCGAGAAAGGCCAUCCUCAAGAGCGUCGCCAAGGGUAUGGUUGUGGGUCGCACUGCGGACGGCGGCCAGGUGAUCCCCGCUUUCUCCCGCAACAUGCUCCACGAAAUCCUCCUAUCCCUCUCCGGCCACCCCUCCCCCCUCCUCCGAGCCGCCAGCGCUUCAGGCCCCAAUGGCAUCGGCCCCGGCUCCACCGCAGACAAGGUCCUCUCGCCCCCCGAGCGCGCCCUCCUCGCCUCCCUCGCCCGCCUGAGCGACCUGCACGUCAAGCUGCUGAGCUUCACUGCCCAGAUAGGCGCGUCGCACCCCUCCACCAUCUGCCGGGCCGUCGCCACCGCCAUCGACUCGGCGCACCUCGGCGCCUUCCAGAGGAAGGUGCUCGAGGUCGAGGACUCGAUCCUGCGCGAGGAUGCCGGGCUCGUGGGCGCGUACAACGUUGUCCCGCUCACGGCGGUCGUGGGGGAGUUUGAGCCAUGGACAAGGAGGAUGGAGUGGUUAUGGGACGUUGUGCAGUUCAUGCUGAGGUCCGAGCGGCCGAAGGACACUGGAGCUGCCGGCCAGGCGGCCAGCCCUUGUACGGGAUCGAUGCUUAUUGACCGGUUGAGGGGCGAGCUGCAGACAGGGUACGCCGAUGUCGAACAGACGGCGAGGAGCCUGGUGCGCGUCGGGGAAUUGGCUUGGUUGAAGCAGGUCUCCGCGUGGGUCUUGUACGGCCAGUUGCCGAGCUUCGGCUCUGCCGACUUCUUCGUGCAACGAUCGGAAGAUAGUGACGAGGAGUAUAUAUGUAUUUUCAGUCUCUUGCCGUCCUUUGUAUCCAGGUCGACGGCGGCUUCUAUGUUGUUCAUCGGCCGGUCGCUGAACCGGAUACGGUCCAAAAGCCUAGCGGACUCGGAUUUACAAGGCGCAGAUCAUCUCUCUUCCCAGCUCAAGGAGUUGUCGAAGUUGACCUACCCCUUGGACUCUGCGACAUUCGCGAGAACGAUAACACACAUCCGACAGUUCCUGUCGAGGACCACUCUCCAACGGCUACUACCCCUUUCCAGAGUCAUGGAAAUGUUGAACCUGCUCAGGGACUUCUUCCUUCUCGGCCGUGGCGAGUUUGCCAUGGCCCUGACGCAGCAGGCAGACGAAAAGAUUCGGAGUCGGUGGCGCAGGGCCGACAAUCUCGCAUACGAGAGGCGAGACGGACUCGGCAAUGUCGUCCUCAAAGAGGGCGAAGUGUCAGCAGUCCUUGCAAGGACCUGGGCCGCGUUGGGAUCCAUGCAAGGACAGCAUGCCGAGGAAGACGAGGGCUUGGAGAUGGCACGCGACCUGCUACGGUUAACCCUGGCGAAGUUGAAGCCGACAACCCCAGCAACCCCGGCAACCACUGAAAGGGGUCUGGCUUCUAUCGCACCAACGCCGUUCCGCAAUCUUCUCUUCUCAGUCCCUGCUGUCCUUACUCUUCAGAUACCCUCCCCUUUGGAUCUGUUCAUGAGCCAAUCCGAUCUCCAGACCUACACAGCAAUAAAUUCCUACCUCAUAUCAAUCAGGAGGGCACAUAUUCGGCUCACAGAUCUCUGGAAAGUAACCUCCCUCCGGCGUCACCAUCCGGCCGCCCCAGCACCUCCAUAUGGGAGCUCCAAGGCUGGCCAGGAGAAGGUUCGCCUCUUACGCCAAAGGCGCACGACGCGCGAGAAUGCCAUGCGGAGUGCUUGGGCAACCAGCAGCGCCGCAAUAUUCUUCCUGUCUGAGGUGGAAGGAUAUCUCCAGACCGAGGUUGUUACCGGGCUUUGGGAGGGGUUCCAGAGAUGGAUCAUGACGGGAAGCGACGAGCCGCGCCAGGACACGGCGCAGCUGAAACUGAGGACCGAAUCACCACCCACCCUUGACCGUAGGGAGACCACGCCGAAUCUUGAUGAUGCCGCACAGGACGAGGACAUCUGGCUAGCCACCUCGACAUCUGAGACACCGAGGUCUACCAACCCCGUGAAAAAGCACGACGACAACAACACCCGCCCUCCCAACCGCGGAUCCCAGCUCCACGACCCCCAAUCCCUCACGACGGCCCACCGCGCGUACCUCCGCACCCUCGUGCGGCGGCUGCUCCUCAGCCACCGGCCGUUCACGGACCCGCUGUGCGAGCUGCUCGCGCACAUCGACCGCCUCGUGGCGCUGGUGCACCGCCUCGACGGCAUCUGGUCGUCGGCCGACCUGGAGGCGGACGCGGGCGUCGUGGACGCGUUCGUGGACCACGAGCGCGAGGAGCGCGACGUCAGGGCCGAGAUCGCGGGGGUCGAGGCGGCCGUCAGGAGGGGCGUCGAGGGCGUCGUUGGCGUGCUGAGGGGGCUGGAGGGGGCUGCUGGGGGGGGAUUGCUGGGUCUGGAUGGGGAGGGGGAGGGGGAGUAUGGGGCGAAGGAGGACGGGGACGGCGGCGUGCUUGGGCUCGGGGAGCAGGGCGAGUAUGUCCCGCGCCGGGUCGGCGGGGUGGAUAGGUUGCUGAUGAAGCUGGAUUUUGGGACGUGGUUUGAGUCCGGGAGGAGAGACGGGUCUAGUGACGACGGACUUGAAGACUGGCCGACGCGGCGUCACUGA